AUGGACAAGCUUCCCAAGCGCCCGGCAAACUACGUGCCACUCAGCCCGGUCGUGUUCCUUCCGCGCGCCAGUGCAGUAUACGGCGACCGCACGUCGGUCGUCUACGGGCGUCUCAAGUUCACAUGGAGGCAGACGCACGAGCGCUGCCGCCGCCUCGCCGCCGCCCUCGUCUCCCUCGGCGUCCGCAAGAACGACGUCGUCUCCGUCCUCGCGCCCAACGUGCCGGCUAUGUACGAGAUGCACUUCGCCGUGCCCAUGGCUGCUGCCGUGCUCAACACCAUCAACACGCGCCUGGACGCCCAGGCGGUGGCGGUCAUCCUAAGGCACUCCCAGGCCAAGGUCUUGUUCGUUGACUACGAGUACGUGCGCCUCGCUCACGACGCUCUCCAGAUCAUGGCCGAUGCCGGCGUGCCGGUACCGCUUGUCGCCGUCAUUGACGAUAUCGACAGGCCAACCGGCGUCCGGCUCGGCCUCUUCAAGCUCGAGUAUGAGGCGCUGGUCAGCAAAGGAGACCCGGCGGCGGAGCUUCCCUUGCUCGCAGACGAGUGGGAUGCGGUCGCGCUCAACUACACCUCGGGCACCACGUCGGCGCCCAAAGGCGUGGUGUCCAGCCACCGUGGUGCAUACCUCAACACCAUGGCCCAGCUGCUGUCGUGGGAGGUGGGCACCGAGCCGGUGUACCUCUGGACGCUCCCCAUGUUCCACUGCAACGGGUGGACACUCACGUGGGGAAUGGCGGCGCGCGGCGCCGUCAACGUCUGCAUUCGCCAGAACCGCGCCACCGACGUCUACCGCGCCAUCUCCGACUACGGCGUCACCCACAUGUGCUGCGCGCCCGUGGUAUUCAAUAUCCUCCUGGAAGGCGAGACCCGACAGCUCACCGCUCCCGUCCACGUCCUCACCGGCGGGGCCCCGCCGACGGCCGCCCUACUGGACCGCGUCGAGCAGAUCGGUUUCAGGGUGACACACUCCUAUGGACUCACGGAGGCCACAGGACCCGCUCUGGCCUGUGAGUGGCGUCACCAAUGGGACCUCCUGCCGCUUCCGGAGCGCUCCCGACUCAAGGCCAGGCAGGGGGUCAGCGUCCUAUCUCUCGCUGAUGCCAACGUCGUCGAUGACGACACGAUGUCUAGUGUGCCACAUGACGGCAAGUCCUUGGGUGAGAUCGUGCUCCGUGGCAGCCUCAUGAAGGGGUACCUCAACAACCCUGAGGCGAAUGAGAAGGCCUUUAAGGGAGGGUGGUUCAUGACGGGCGAUGUCGGCGUCGUGCACCCGGAUGGGUACAUCGAGAUAAAGGACAGGUCAAAGGACGUGAUCAUCAGCGGCGGUGAGAACAUCUGCAGCAAGGAGGUGGAGGAGGUGUUGCACCAGCACCCGACUGUGGCCGACGCAGCGGUGGUUGCGAUGCCUCACCCACAUUGGGGCGAGACUCCGUGCGCGUUUCUCGUGGCCAAGGACAAGGCUGCUGGGCUCUGCAAGGAUGAAGUGAUCACCUUCUGCCGCGAGCGCCUGCCACGCUUCAUGGUUCCCAGGAAGGUGGUCGUCAUCGACGCCCUCCCGAGGAACGCGCUGGGAAAGGUUGAGAAGGUGAAGCUACGGGAUGCGGCCCGGAAUCUUGUGCCCUCGGCCGUGUCAAGGCUAUAG